GCUUAUGUAUGUAGCUGCAAAGCAUCCUAUAUACCCUAUGUCAUUUUGAGUGCGAUUGCUCGAAGUCUUUACAGACGAAGUGCGCACAUGGGCGCAUGUAACUUUUUGUCAACAUAAAAUACACGUGUAUACAAUACAAAUAGUAAUAAUAUUACAAAUCGAAAUGUUUAAAAAGUCUCAAAUGCAACCAAAAAGACGGCGAAAAAUCACGCUUGUCUUUGAUGAGGAAAAACGGCGAGAAUUUUUAGGAGGAUUUCGUAAAAGAAAAUUGGAGCGAAGGAGGAAAGCGCAGGAACAGUUGCAAAAACAAUUGAAAGAAGAACGGAAGAAAAUUAAGCAAGAAGCGCGAGAACGUUACGCAAAAUCGUUAUCGAGUCAAACUGUGCCAGAAUUAGAAGAAUUGUUGUCUCGUCAUGAAUACGAACGUGAGAAUCACACAAUUAGUAUUUUGGAAGUAAAUCUAGCCAAUCUCAAAGAAGGAAGUAGAUGGAUAGGUGAAAACAAGAUUGUGGAAGAAAAAGAAGAGGAAGAAGAUAACACAAAAGAAAAUUCUAAAAAUGGCAAUGAUGUGAUUGUGGGAAUGUCGUUGGAAGAAGAACAGAAGGAUUUAGAAGAGCAAGGAUCAAAAUCCGAUAAUCAACAGAAAAAAUCUUUGAGAGAACUGAAACGAGAAAUAAAGAAAACAGCACUAAAACGAGUUAAAAACAGCAAGGCAUUUCAACAGAAACAGAGAAUAGAAAAACAUAAGAACAAAAAGAAAAGUAGACAGAAAUUACAAAAGGCUGAAAAGUUAUCUAGUAAAAAUAAGAAACGGAAUAAAAAGAAAUAAGAUACAUGCGUUUUUAUUUUAUUCAAUAAAAAAUAUAAAAAAUA